AGAGAGGAAUAAAUGCAGGCAAGGGGGGCAGCAGUCUGAAGGGGUGCUUGAAACAGCGACUGUUAGUCUUUGCAGAUGGGAGGCAGGGGAGUGUGAGUUGCUCUAGCUUCUAUUUUUUUCCUUCUUCUUUCCCCUACCACAGCAUGCACGGCUUUUGAUUCUUGGAGUAGAUGCAGAGAAAAAGCACUUACUUUUACACAUUGUAUACUUGGGGGCCCUUUGUAAGUGCCUGAGCGCAUGUGUGGGCACUCUGCUCCUGCAGCUUUGUAGAUUGUGUUCAGUGAUCACAGGGCUGUGUUGAUUCUUUCUCUCUUUUUUUUCUUUCUUUUUUUUUUUUUUUUUUCCAACACCGAAUAUACGCUCCACAACAAAGACGAACUGUUUUAACACCAACAGCACCUGGAAAUUAAACUUUUUUUCCUGCAUGUAGCCUUUUUAGGCAACUCUGGACUGUUUUCGAGUAUCCUGCGCAUCUCAGGAGUGAAUAACUGCUUGCACUGUUUGCACUCAGCACAAACUGUCAGAGUGGGAGAAAAGAGCUGAGUUUGCUUUAAAGUGAACCAGAGGAACCCAGGAGAGAGGGGGGAGAAAGAGCAAGCAUCCCGCUCUUACUUUAACCGGACAGCAUGGUGCAGAAAAUGAGCCACACAGAGAGCACCGCCGAGGCGCUGUCCUUUUUUACCGGGGACUCAGGCUCCGACUCCGGGGCAAGCAUGGAUCUGGACCCGGCCGCCUCGCCUCUCUCCCCAGCGGGCUCCGCAGCCUCCUCCACCGCCGGCGACAAGCUCGGGGAGAACCCGGCGUGGUGCAAAACUCCCAGCGGCCACAUCAAGAGACCCAUGAACGCAUUCAUGGUGUGGUCGCAGAUAGAGAGGAGGAAGAUCAUGGAGCAGUCCCCGGACAUGCACAACGCAGAGAUCUCUAAGCGGCUGGGGAAGCGCUGGAAGCUGCUCAGAGACAGCGACAAGAUUCCCUUUAUCAGAGAGGCAGAGCGGCUUCGACUUAAGCACAUGGCGGACUAUCCCGACUACAAGUACCGACCGAGGAAGAAGGUAAAGUCGAGCGCAUCUAAAGCUGGCAGCAGCAGCGAUAGAGGAGAAAAAGUUACCGGUAGCUCAAACAACACCAGCACUAAGAUGUCCUCAUCUGCGAGGAAGAACGGAUCAAAAUCACCCAGCAGCAGCAGCAACAAACCCCAAAAAUCACUUUUCGGGAGCAGCAGUAGCACCAAAGCUUCACUGUUCGCAUCUGAACACCCGUCAGAGCACCACCACAACUCUCUCUACAAGUCCAAAUCUGUCUCCUCGGCUGCCAAGCAGAUACCUGAUGCCAAGAAGCCCAAGAGAGUAUACGUUUUCGGGAGCGGCGCGGCCAGUCUGAGCGUCAGUCCCACGUCCUCCGUGGUGGUGCCAGCUAGCCCUACGCUCAGCAGCUCGGCGGACUCUAGCGACCCGCUCAGUCUCUACGAGGACGCGGCCAGCGGCAGAGAGGAAGGCGCCGACUCCCCCGGCAGCAGCAGCAGCAGCAGCAGCAGCAGCUUCGGCGGAGCUUCGGAGCGCCGCAGCGGCCACACAUACAGCAACACACGGCGGGCUUCUUCGCCUACUCCCUCUGGGUCGCACUCUUCUGUCUCUUCCUCCUCGUCUUCCUCGGAGGACGAGGAGUUCGAGGACGACUUGCUGGACGUCAACCCGAGUCCGAGCUUCGACAGCAUGUCGCUGGGGAGCUUCGGCUCCUCGGUCCUGGACAGGGACUGGGACUUGAACGGCGAGUCCGUUUGCGGGGGUUCCCACUUCGAGUUCCCCGACUACUGUACGCCCGAAGUCAGCGAGAUGAUAUCGGGAGACUGGCUGGAGUCCACCAUCUCCAACCUGGUGUUCACAUACUGACUGAGUGCUAAAACUCGCAGACGCAAACAGAAACAGAGGAGCUCCUGCUUACCAGUGGGUUUCACUACUGCAAACCAUGUCCCUGCAAAUCAUUGGAAAGCUUAACUCUAAAGCGAAUAACUUGCUUUUUUCGGGACUUUUCUUCGGAUGCCUGGACUGAGGGAGUCGGAGGGGAGCCGUCCAAACAAGAGGAGACAAAAAAAAAAAAAAAAAAAACAGACUGAGAGCUUCCUGACAGCUCAGUGCAGGACUGUUUUUAAACUGAGUAACUUAACUGUGAUUGAUUUGCACGUUAUGCGGUCCGCCGUACACUUAAUCAAUGUCGUUAAUGAAUUUUUGACAGAAAAAAGGGACAUUUUCACAACUUUUUAACCAAUCGCCAAGUGAACUUCGCCACUAAAGGAAAAAAAAAAAACAAGCAAACAAAAAA